AACUCCCACAGCAGGGAGGGUGUGUGUCCAGCCUGGGAGGGGUGCCCAGGGCCCGUGAUGGGGGAGGACCGGCCCACGGUGAGGGAAGGCAGACUUCGGCUCCUUCUGCAGGGCUAAGCACCGCUCCGCCCCCCGCAGGAGAAGGUCUGAGAGGACCGUGCUGGGCUCUGUGGUCCUGAGGGCUGAGCCCCGGAGAGGAGGCAGGGGCCGGCCCCCCGCGCCCCCAGCCGCCGUUCCGCCACAGCCGCCGUCCCUCCACCCGCGCUGGGCUUGUUCCUAUCCUGGCCCCUUCUUUCCUGCUGUCAGACGGCUGGACCCAGAUGCCCUCCCCCCGGCUCUGCAGCCGGCUUUGUCCCCGGGCCACCUUGGCACCACAGGUUUCCUCCUUGGCAAACCAGCAGGACGGCCGGCCUGCCCUCCUCCGGGGCCAAGUCGACGGCACAGUGAAGUGACGUGGUGGGGCCGGCCAGGGCCUUCAGCAGCGGCCCCGCGGCCCCGGGGGCCUCACAGACCCCUUCCCAGAGCCGGAGGCCCGGGUGGGCAGCGCAGGGCACGGACCCCAUCUGCGGUCCGGGUGUGGUGCCGAGCUUCCUGCCCAAGGCUGUGCUCUUGGACCCGGGGGACGCGAGUCUUCACUGCCCGCCAGGAGGAGGACGAAAAGGCUGUGUGCUCUGGAAGUCUCCCUGGAGCAGGUUCUGUGGUCACGGGCUCCCACAGAGCGUGAAGGAGGCCCCAGCUAUUUCUGCAGCCGGUCCAGCCCACACCGUCUCUGUGGCCCCCUCCCUGGGAGGCUCGGGCCUCCCGCCCGCUGAAGAAGAGCAUGAAGAAGCGGGUCAUGCUGCUGGCCUUGGGGGCCGUGGUCUUGGUCCUCCUCAUCAUUGGGCUCUGCAUCUGGCUGCCCGAGACCUCCAAGCCGCACAGCCACGUGUACCCCAGGGCCGCCGUGGCCGCGGACGCCAAGCGCUGCUCAGAGAUCGGCAGGGACGCAUUGCUGGAUGGCGGCUCGGCGGUGGACGCAGCCAUCGCGGCUCUGCUGUGCAUGGGGCUCCUGAAUGCCCACAGCAUGGGCAUCGGGGGCGGCCUGUUCCUCACCAUCUACAACAGCACCACGCGGAAGGCUGAGGUCAUCAACGCCCGCGAGGUGGCCCCGCGGCUGGCCUCCGCCGACAUGUUCAACAGCUCGGAGCAGUCGGAGGAAGGCGGGCUGUCGGUGGCGGUUCCGGGCGAGCUCCGCGGCUACGAGCUGGCGCACCAGCGGCACGGGCGGCUGCCCUGGGCGCGCCUCUUCCAGCCCAGCAUCGAGCUGGCCCGCCAGGGCUUCCCGGUGGGGAAGGCCUUGGCGGGAGCCCUGGAGAGGCAGCGGGAGACGGUGGAGCGGCACCCCGCGCUGUGCGAGGUGUUCUGCCGCGAUGGGAAGGUGCUGCGGGAGGGGGACCAUGUGACCAUGCCACGGCUGGCCGACACCUUGGAGACGCUGGCCUCGGAGGGCGCCCAGGCCUUCUACAACGGGAGCCUCACGGCCCAGAUUGUCAAGGACAUCCAGGAGGCCGGGGGCAUUGUGACGGCCGAGGACCUGAACAGCUACCGGGCAGAGCUGGUUGAGCAGCCGCUGAGCAUCAGCCUCGGGGACGCCCAGCUCUACGCGCCCAGUGCCCCGCUCAGCGGGCCCGUGCUGGCCCUCAUCAUCAACAUCCUCAAAGGGUACAACUUCUCCCGGGCGAGCGUGGAGACGCCUGAGCAGAAGGGCCUGACCUACCACCGCAUCGUGGAGGCCUUCCGCUUUGCCUACGCCAAGAGGACCCUGCUUGGGGACCCCAAGUUUGUCAACGUGACUGAGGUGGUCCGCAACAUGACCUCCGAGUUCUUUGCCGCCCAGCUCCGGGCCCGGAUCUCCGACAGCACCACUCACCCAGCCUCCUACUACGAGCCUGAGUUCUACACGCCCGACGGCGGGGGUACCGCCCACCUGUCGGUGGUCUCGGAGGACGGAAGCGCUGUGUCAGCCACCAGCACCAUCAACCUCUACUUCGGUUCCAAGGUGCGGUCACGGGUCAGCGGGAUCCUGUUCAAUGAUGAGAUGGAUGACUUCAGCUCCCCCAACAUCAUCAACCAGUUCGGGGUGCCCCCCUCACCAGCCAACUUCAUCGCUCCCGGCAAACAACCACUCUCGUCCAUGUGCCCCGUGAUCAUCGUGGGUGAGGACGGCCAGGUCCGCAUGGUGGUGGGCGCCUCCGGGGGCACCCAGAUCACCACGUCCACGGCGCUGGCCAUCAUCAACAGCCUGUGGUUCGGCUAUGAUGCCAAACAGGCGGUGGAGGAGCCCCGGCUUCACAAUCAGCUUCUGCCCAACACCACGGUGCUGGAGAAAGGCAUCGACCAGGCGGUGGUCGCGGCCCUGAAGACCCGGCACCACGCCAUCGAGGAGACGUCCACCUACAUCGCCGUGGUCCAGGCCGUCGUGCGCACAGCCGGCGGCUGGGCGGCCGCCUCGGACUCCAGGAAAGGCGGGGAGCCGGCGGGCUACUGAGCGCUCCGAGGAGGAGAGGCCCGCCGGGGCGGGGGGCCGGGGGUGGGACCUGGGGGGCUGGCUUCCCCUGGGAGCGGCGCAGCAGGGCAAUAAAUUUGGCGGCGGCGCCGGGCUCUGGGCUGUCCUGCCGGCCGGCUCCCGAC